AGCCCUCGGCCCAAGCGCCAAACGGUAGUUAGGACAGGACCAGCCGCUGUGCAGCGGCUGGCCCCUUCACGCCCCCCGCGAUGUCUAUCGCGCCCACUUGUGGGGUUCGUGGCGACGAGGAGCUCGACGAGUCGCUGGACGAACUGCUCUGGGGCGACGACUCCGACGCGGCCCACGACCGCGCGCACGGAGAGGUGCUCCAGCGCCGCUCGGCAACUCUGCCGCGCGGCGCGGCGGCGCGGCUGCUGCGCGGUGCGGGUACCUCUGCCCUGGCGUUGGCGGGUUGCGCCGCGGCCGUGGGUGCUUGGCCGCGGGCCCAGGGCGCCCCGGGUGCCUCAGGUGCGGCCGCGCCGUUGCCAGCGACAUCGCUGCAGGCGAAGCGCAAGUGCCUCGGCUCCGUGCGCGUGGCGGGCUACGGGAACGGCACGGCCCACAUCAUACUGGCCGGCUCGAACAUGCCGGGCGACGCGGUGGGGUCCGCAGAGGUUCUCGUAGACGGCAGCGGAGUCAGAGUGAGCAAGAACGGGCGGGUGUAUUUCGGCGCCAGAUGCACCGAGGGCAGCGUCUACGAUCCCAGCGAGUAUUCCAGCAUGUUGCUGCUCGGCAGGACGUUGAGCUUCACAAUGGACCUGUCCGGUACGGCAUGCGGGUGCGUGGCGGCCAUGUACAUGACCCCGCUGGUAACGAGCACCGCGCACGGGAACUGCGGCUCCGACUAUUAUUGCGACGCGAACAGCGUGUGUGGCGUUAAGUGUGCAGAGAUGGAUAUGUUGGAGGCCAAUACUCACGCCUUUCACACGACGGCACAUGGUGCGAAUGACCCGAACGGGAUGGGGAGAGGCCUCGGCGGAACAAGCCGGGACAUCAGCACUGCUGAUUAUGGCCCAGGCUAUGGCCACCGCAUCAACACUUUGAUGCCGUUCCGGGUCAACAUGGAAGUCAGUAGUGAUGGUACUCAGGUCGCCACGGCGUUGCACCAGGGCGACCGCAAAGUCGUGCUCAAAGUAAAGUACAAUGGAUUGCAGAAAGCGUUUGAGCGCAUGGCCCCUAUUUUGAGCUACUGGUACAAGCCGCUCUCGGGGGACCUGUCCUGGUUCGACGGCGGCGUCUGCCCACAGAAGAGCGACCCUUCGAAGUGCAGCGAGACGAUCACGUUCAGCGACUUCGCCGUCACUCCAGCGACCGACGACAGCCAGCGCCCGCAACCGCCGCCGCCGUCAACCUCGCCGCCGCCGCCGGCGGUCUUCGAGCGGCCAGCAACUCCUCCGCCAACCCCAGCUCCGGCACCGACGGCGGCGCCCACGACCCAGGCUCCGAGAACCGCGGCUCCGACGACGGCAGCUCCCACGACGGUGGCUCCGACGCUGGUGGCUCCGACGACCACGCCUGUGCCGCCUUACCCGCUGUACACGAGGCCCUGCUUCAGGGCGGGGGCAUGGUACGACCCCGUCAACAUGGCGGGGCAGGUCAGGACGGUGGAGCCGUCUGCGGUUAUGUGCCAGGAGCGGUGUGCCGCCGUGGAGGGCUGCGCGCACUUCUCGUUCUGGGAGGACGGGGGCUGCCACCUGCAGGACCAGUCCGCCGCCGUCCAGGAGGUCGCUUCCUGGGCCACCAUCGACGGAGGCUUCCUGGGCCAGCUCGGCCUGAAGGAG